AGACCCAUUACAAAUGGGAAGUACAUAUGUUGUAGCUCCGUUUCUCUGGAGCUCAGUCGCUGGACAGACGUCGAAAGAGUCGCAGGUUUCUUUCAAAGAUCGGUUGGAGAUUAAAAAAAGGAAAGACACCAUGAAAAUAGAAUGGGCUCCGCUCAACGUUCCGAUGGAUCGGCGACUUCAGACUUUCUUUACGGCCGUCUUUACAUACACAUUUUUCUGGCUGCCUAUUAUAUCGACAUUUUGUACUCCAUUCCUGCUGUAUUAUGGUGGAUUUAUUUUGCGGACUGUACUCUUGGUCUACUUCGUUUACAUAUACACGGAUUAUAAAAAACAUUUUGGCAUCAUGGAGGGCAACGGCUGGUCAGUGCCUUUUCUUCGCAAAAAUCCAAGUUAUCGCGACUAUUUCCCCGUGGAACUUGUAAAGACCGCCGAGCUGCCGCCCAAUAGAAACUACAUUAUAGCUAGUUUUCCCCACGGGCUCAUAGGAAUGGGUAUCUGUGUUAAUAUGGGAAUGGAAAUUUCCAAGUGGCUGAAACUGUUUCCCCAAGUUCGUCCAAAAAUCGCCACAUUGGAUCAUCAUUUCAAGACCCCCUUCCUGCGGGAAGUUAUUCGGCUUUGGGGCAUGGUAUCGGUCUCCAAGGAGUCUUUGGUCUAUUUGCUUAAUAAAUCGAAUGAUCCCAAGCAUGAGGAUAAUCAAGAUGGAUUUACCUCCAAUGCGGUGGCAAUAUUAGUUGGUGGAGCCCAAGAAGCUAUGGACUCGCAUCCUGGCCAAUACAUGUUGACCCUCAAGAAUAGAAAGGGUUUUGUCAAAAUGGCAAUUCGAACGGGCUCAUCCAUCGUACCCUCAUUGUCCUUUGGCGAGGUGGAUAUAUACGACCAGGUGGAGAAUCCCCCGAAUUCAAAGCUCCGCCGCUUUCAGAAUUCCGUAAAAAAAUUAAUCGGAAUUUCGCCUAUAAUUCCGAAAGGACGUGGUAUGUUCAACUAUACCUUUGGUAUUGUACCAUAUCGUCGGCGUAUUGUCCAAGUUGUUGGAUCUCCCAUUGAUGUGAUCAAGAGUGAUCAGCCCGAUAUCGCUUACGUGGAUGAAAUUCAUGGAAAAGUUAUGGAGGCUCUGCAUAAGAUUUUUGAGGACUAUAAGGACAAAUACAUACCAAACACCCGCCAAACAAAGCUGAUUAUCCAGUAGUCCCAAAACAAGGACUACUUUGAAUUGUGAUUUUAUCUAGAAUUUAAGAAAAGGACUCUUUUAGACCCACAA